AUGAAAGUGACCGUAACCUUUGGGGACACUGCUGUGGUAGUUCCUUGCAAAGCUGGCUGGACUGUAAAGGAUUUAGUGGACCAAGCAACGCGCAGAUAUCGAAGGAUUUUGGACCAACAGCAGGAAGACAGCGUGGUCCAGACUCAUCGGCUUGAAUACAGCGAUGGAGGAAUUCUGGAUAUGGACGACCCUCUGGCAGAUCUGGUGGAGGACAGAGAGAAGGUGAGAAAACAGUAUCUGCUUUUGCUAGAGUUGUCACCAAGAACUGGGUUUUAG